GCUAGGACUGAUACCUAGGUACAUACCUACAUACCUAACCUCAGCACGGUCCCCACUGCCGUUCCGGAUGUACCUACCAACCAGAGCAGUCAGAUUAGACCGCAAAGCUUCAUUCGCAAACAUCCAUCAGCCCAGCCGCCAUCCGCCAUCCGCCAUCGCAUCGGCUUGUUGAAUAAGUAAUCAACUUAUCAACUUGACCGAGGUCUUUGCCUCACCACCAAACCUCAACGUCACAGUUUUAACAUUUCAUUUAAUCUCAUUCUCAUUCAGGUAUCCUGUUAAAAGAAUAGUUUUUAACUUCGAGGUGCAUUAAAGAUGUGCUACAACCAUUAUGACCGCCGUUACAUUCUCCUCCCAUAGCGCGUACACCUCUGGGCAGCACCCAAAUCACCACAUGCCGACCGCAUCUUCCGCAUCUUCCACAUCUAGGACUGCUUCGUCCUCGCACUCCCGCCCUAAUAAUACCCUUAAUACCCCGACCACCGAUUCCAAUCCUACGCCGCUGCGCGAUCAUCAGCAGCUAAACUUAGAGACCAAUCUACCCUUAGUUAAUGGUACUUCUACCAAUAUGCCUUCACGUCUAGGCUCCAACGGCCCAACCUAUGCCAUACGAUCUCCCGAAUUGCCCAAGGGACGUCCGCGAACAGCAACUGAUGAGCGAGAGCCCGUAGAUCUUGGUCGACGUCCAUUAACCGCCCCCGGGAACAAGGCUGAUCCCAUACCCUCCAACUCCCGUGACGACUCGGAUCAGAACCAGCCUAGGUUAACAGUCUCCAAGCCGCCGCUACUGCGAUCGAAGAGUGAACACAUAGUAAGACGUGAAGAUGCAGAACAGGCAGAUGAAGAGAUCUACGAGUGGGGAGCUAGGCAUGGCUUCGAAGACCAUUACCAAUCUGAAGAUAUUAUUUCUCAGCUAGCAAAUAACUGGUAUAUGUACUUUACGGAUAAGCGACACGAGACCACCGGCCAGCCAGAUUCGCCUAAUUAUGCGAUUGAGGAUUGGCGUAUGCGAGAUCGAUUAAAAACUGUUUCGGCUGCUCUAGCCGUAUGCCUCAAUAUUGGUGUUGAACCCCCUGAUCAGUUAAAGACAAACCCGGGAGCUAAGCUCGAGGCGUGGCAAGAUCCAUUCGUACCUCCAGCUGCGAAAGCCUUGGAGGCAAUUGGAAAGUCGUUACAAGCACAGUACGAGAAUAUUUCAUUACGAACAAGAUAUAAGCAAUACCUGGAUCCAUCGGUCGAAGAGACCAAGAGGUUCUGCCAGUCGCUGCGGAGAAAUGCCAAGGACGAACGUGUCCUACUUCAUUAUAACGGUCAUGGGGUUCCGAAACCGACGGCAUCAGGAGAGAUUUGGGUCUUUAACAAGACCUUUACUCAGUAUAUCCCUAUUUCACUGUAUGACCUCCAGCACUGGCUUCAGGCGCCUACUAUCUUCGUCUGGGAUUGUUCUGAGGCCGGUAAUAUCCUGAAUAAUUAUCACCGUUUCGUAGAGAAACACGAAGAGGAAGAAGAAGCCGCCGCCGCCGCCGAUCCUAACUAUGAGAAGACUAAAUAUCGCUCGUACCUUCAUCUUGCAGCUUGUGCUGUUAAGGAGAACCUUCCUACUAAUCCCCGCCUCCCAGCUGAUCUCUUUACUUCGUGUCUAACAACACCCAUAGAAAUGGCACUAUGGUUUUUCGUUUUACAAAAUCCCCUUAAGACGAGUCUUACACCAGAGCGGGCUAAGAAAUUGCCCGGUAGGUUACAAGAACGGAGAACGCCACUUGGCGAGCUUAACUGGAUAUUUACGGCAAUCACCGAUACUAUUGCAUGGACUUCCUUACCUCGACAGUUGUUCCGUAAAUUCUUCAGGCAAGACCUCAUGGUCGCGGCUCUCUUCCGUAAUUUCAUUCUAGCUCAGAGAAUCAUGAUGGUCUAUGGAUGUCAUCCACAGUCAUAUCCGGAACUACCGGAUACUCACCAGCAUCCUCUAUGGGAAAGUUGGGAUCUGGCUGUCGAUUUGGCGCUGGCACAGCUUCCUAUGAUGGAACGAAAAGAGAACGAGGGGAUUGAAUACGAAUACCAAAGCUCAGCCUUCUUCGCAGAGCAGUUGACUGCCUUUGAAGUCUAUCUCAGCCGCGGAGAUGCUAUGGAGAAAAAGCCUCCCGAGCAGCUUCCCGUUGUACUUCAGGUCUUAUUGAGCCAGCAGCACCGAGUACGUGCUCUCAUCUUACUGGGCAAAUUCUUAGAUCUAGGCCCCUGGGCAGUCCACCUAGCUCUGAGCAUUGGUAUAUUUCCCUACGUAUUAAAGCUCCUGCAAUCUGCCGCUGCCGAGCUAAAACCUGUUAUGGUAUUUAUUUGGACCCGGGUUCUCGCCGUAGAUGUCUCUUGCCAACCUGAUCUGAUCAAGGACAGCGGUUACAAUUAUUUCGCCUCCAUACUAAGUCCAUCCGAAGCACUUGCCGUCACUAAUAGCGAUGAGCAUAAAGCGAUGUGUGCCUUUGUGCUUGCAAUGCUGUGUAAGGGUUAUAGGCCUGGGCAAUCCGUAUGCAAUUCGUCAAAUAUCAUGACGUAUUGUCUAAUUCAUCUCCGUAACGAGGAGAAUGUGUUGCUACGCCAGUGGGCGUGCCUUUGCAUAAGUCAACUCUGGCAGGAUCUACCCGAGGCGAAAUGGAGAGGCAUUCGGGAGAACGCGCCCUUGAAGCUGUCUACCUUGACGAAAGAUCAGGCUUGCGAAGUACGAGCUGCAGUCAUCCAUGCUAUGACGACGUUCCUGGGCAUUCCAGACCUUACGGACGAGGUAGCUAGGGUUGAGGAGUCAAUAGCUUGGACGCUUCUAGAUAUGGCUGGUGACGGCAGUCCACUUGUCCGUAAAGAGUUGCUAGUGUUUAUGUCGCACUUCGUCCUUCGCUAUGAAAAUAAGUUCAUCGUUGCUGCUUAUGAGCAGCUAGUCGAGGAGAAGGAGUACCUACACUGCCCCCCAACGGACGACGAUCUAGAGCAUAAAAUGGGUAUGCAUUAUGCUCGCCCGGAAAAUCGCAAUCCGGAUGGAACGAUCAAGGCCACAGCCCAAGGAUUAUCUUCGAACACCGUAUUCGCCGCUUGUUGGAAACAUGUCUUGGUAUUAAGCGUAGACCCUCAUCCAGAGGUUCAACGAGAUGCAACGAUCGUCGUUGAUUACGUCCACAACGCACUUCUAUCCUCGAGCGCAGGUGUCGCAGCCCGAAAUCUAAUGGAUGACAUUCAGAAGCGAACGCGACGAUCACGCGGUCACAAGAGACAACCCUCUAUGUCGCGAAACAGCCUAGGUGCAUCUGCUUCCGAUAUCAUUGCCCCUGAACCCUCACCUGGCCUUUUGAAACGAACUGCAAGCCUUCUAUUCCAGCUGCCUAGCAUGUGGACUGGAGAAGAUAGAUCGGUUAAUCCCACGCCAUUGCCUUCCCCCGGGCUUACAAGAACCUCUUCGCAACGGCAGCGACCCGGCAGCGAUUGGGCUGCUCUCCCCGAGCAGAUUGAUCAGGCCAGCGUAUCGGCACAUUAUAAUGUGGCUGAUGAGCCUGUGUCGGGAAAAUUCAAAGAGCGCCGCCUCGACGAAGCGCCUUCUCUACCCCUUCCGAGCACAUUCUUAGAGUGGUCUAUCGAAUACUUUCGCGAACCGCAGAUGCACCCUAACGAGGCUGAGGAACCGGGAAGCACUGAGUACAACGAGCGCCUGUGGCGGAGAUCACGAAACGAGAAUAUACUCCGAGAAACGCAGCCGCAGAAGCAGUAUGCUGGCAGCCACAAGUGGAAUAACCAGCUCUGCAUUAUGAACAACGGCGCCCAACCGGCAAAAAUGACGUUUCACCAGUACGAAGACCACCUCGCAGUGGCUGACGAUGGGAAUACUGUCUACAUCUGGGAUUGGAAAAAGCAGACUAGACUAAACCGAUUCUCGAAUGGGAACCCAGAAGGCUCGAAGAUCAGCGAUAUGACGUUUAUCAACGAGGACGACACGGCGUUCUUGAUGACGGGUUCGUCCGAUGGUGUACUUCGGGUCUAUCGUAACUACGAUACCCCUAAGACGACCGAGUUAGCAUCGGCCUGGAGAGCACUUACUCAUAUGGUCCCUAGUAAUGUCAAUUCUGGUAUGGUGUUCGACUGGCAGCAGGUGACGGGCAAUGUACUUGUUGCAGGAGAUGUUCGUGUCAUCCGGGUCUGGGCUGCCGCAUACGAAACAUGCAUAAUGGACAUACCCGCACGCUCAGGAUCUUGCGUUACCUCAUUAACAUCGGACCAGAUGACUGGUAACAUCUUUGUGGCCGGAUUUGGCGACGGUGCGGUCAGAGUGUUCGAUACCCGACUCCGACCGCACGAGUCAAUGGUAAAGAAAUGGAAGGACGAUUCCGAUCGACAGUGGAUUAGAGACGUGCACAUGCAGCGCGGAGGUCAGCGCGAGUUGCUUUCUGCGAGCCGAAACGGGAAAGUAAAGCUUUGGGACAUUCGAAUGGAUUCAUCGCUCCGCGUUAUCCAAACAACUCGCGACACCAUCCGCACAGCAAGCACGCACGAACAUUUACCAGUAUUCUCUGUCGGAACCUCGGGCCACACCGUAAAGGUCUUCAACUUCGACGGCAACGAACUUUCCCGCAUGGAGCCCUACUCUAGCUUCUUACAACAGAAUCGCGGCGCGCCCAUCUCUGCCACCGCCUUCCAUCCGCACCGUAUGAUCCUAGGCUGCGCAGCUCGCGGCGACCACCACAUCAACCUCUUCACCUGUGCCAGCGAGAAGCCGGAAGCUUUCCUCAACUCGCUAUAAACACACACACAUACACAUAACUUUCCUUUCGGCUUUCUGGCCGUAGCCAUAGCCAUAGCCACCACCAUCCUCUUCUCACGUAGAUAGAAAAGAGGACACGUUUAAUGCUAGUAACGGAGUUGUAAUGACCGACCAUAUCUUCUUUCUCUAAAUCCUCCUUUCUGAAUGCUUCGAGCUCCGCUCGAGUAACGACUAGAGCACCUAUCUGCUCGUAACCUACAAUAGAGCAGGGUAGACGAACGGAUAACUUGACACGGAUUAGGCACGGGGGCAGGCAGCUGUUUCAGGGCGGAGUCGGGAGGAAAUCUAUCGGGAAGGGUAUCGUCCGCUUUUGUUUGUUUUCGCCUUUAACCCCCCUCCUCCUCCUCCUCGUCCCCCCUCCCACCCCCUUUGUUUUUCUCUUGCAUUUCCUGUCCCAAGCUUGGAGGAGGGGAAAAGGUCAUGUUUCCGAAACGGAUGUGAUUGGUCGGUUCUAGAUACGAUACUGUAAUAAAUCUCAAGUUGGAGAAUUUAUCCGACCUAAGCUGGUUCUCGACGUUUUACCUUAGGUUAGUUAGGUUAGGUACGUAACCUACUUUGCUUAACUUUGCCAAGUAAUAAUAAGCGGAUAUUUUUGAUGGCGAUUAAGUUAAUGAUGAUGCUGCUGCUGCUGCUGCUGCUGCUGCUGGUAUCCUGAUAUCCCACUUUCUUCGAAUGUCACAAAAGAGGGAAAAACAGUAAGGG